CAAAGCUUAACGAUACGAAUUUUGCCUCGCUAAACCUGAUCCUGGAAACCCGAAUAUGUCGUUAGGGAAAACGUUGGUUUUUCUUCAUUUGGAUUCUUUUUGGGAGGUUUACUGGUUUAACCGUUUUUAUUGUUUUUUCUCAUAAAGUCUUGGCUUGGUAAUUUAUUGUGAUAGUUAGUGCUUGAUCUUUUGCUCUCAUUCGUUGGUUUUAAACAAAAUGUCAAAAUCUGAAAACUUUGAUCGUAUGCUGAGAGUAGUUCGAUCUCAUACCAAAGGUAAAUUAGAGAAUCAACGACAACCAGCUCUUUUGCUUUGUUCAAUUGAAAAAUACAUAACUCAAAAGAAGCUCGAACUGUCUCCGGUCGUGUACAUGUCAGCUUUAAUUGCCCUUAUAGCUCAAAGCGAUAAAUUAGAUUACUCUCCUGUGUAUUUAUUGUCCAUUGUGCUUCCAGCUGUCCCCGAAAAAGACAGGCUCACACAUGUUAAAAUACUAGAAUCGCAUCUUGUUCCUUAUUUGAAGGAACAAGACACUGAAGCUCCGACUAUUCGCUGUAUUUUGCUAUGCAUACAGGAGUUCUUGUUUGCUAUGAUAAUCGAGGAUACCGAUUUGCAUUCGGAAUGCUUUGAAUUAUCACUGACUGUGUUGUUAGAAUAUUCGAUUGACUCCAGGCCAAAGAUUCGUAAAUGCGCUUUCCAGGCUUUACAAGGCGUUUCUGAGAGGAAUGAGAUUUCUUUGUCUUUUUUAACAUCUCGUAUCAUAGGUUUAUGUUCCCAAGUGUUUCGUGAAUUACAUGAAUCCGUUUCAUCAGAAAAAGCGAAUGUCUCAACUUCUAUUCAUUGUAUGCAAUUGUUGGACGAGUUUGUUAAUUUCCAACAUGUAAGCGGUACUGACCUUGGAAUCAUUACCGGUUCUUUGGUUUCUAUUUUGCAAUCAGACAUAACUUCUUCAGAGUUUGUUGUUCAGAAAUCUACUUCAUUACUCGCUGAUCUUCUUUCAAAACGAAUGGACGCUAUACCUGAUGCGUUUGUCGCUGACCAAGUGGACAAAAUGCUUCAAUGUUGGACCAAAGCUCCAUUGGUUACUAUUUUAUUUAGUACUACAUUUGCUAAUAGAAGCCAAACCAAAGGAACAAAAAAGCUUAUCCAAUUGUUUGAUCUUUUAUUAGAUUCUGCAUCUGAUGAUACUGACAGUAAUGAGUCCAAAUAUGGAUUUCUUACUGAGGAAGACGAUGGCUUGAUUGAGAAGUACUUGGCAAAUACAUUGUCAAACAAGUCUAUAGGUUUAUCUGUGAUUACCCAUGUAGCAGGUAAGUUGUCAAAGUUGAUUGGAUCCGCUCGUUCGUCACGGCCAAAACGUACGUCUGUAAUAAAUACAUGCUGUGCAUACCUUACGCUAUUCAUGAAAGCAGCACGCAAGGAAUAUAUCCACAUAUUGUCUGAUACCUUAAAAGACAUUGCUCGUGCAAUUAACCAAUGGAAAACCCCAAAAUCAGGAGAAGUAAAGCAGCUGUUCAAGGUAUCAUUAGAUAAAUUGGGUAUUGAGCAAACUUUAACCUCGUUGGCUCCCAAAGAGGAGCUUUCAAAAUUUGAAAGAUAUUCUUGGCUAAAAGAUAUUAUACUUGAAACCGAAAACAAUGACUUUUCAGUUUUCCUUGACGUCUUCAUGCCAAUCAUUGACUCUGGCUCUCCUCAAUGGUGGUCAGUCCUUCCCGCCUUUUGUUCAUCUGUAAACGAUCCUAAUGCCAUGAGUGAGGAAGUAUUAAAAAAUAUGGCUUCAGCUGUUUAUCAACAAGAUAAAUAUCGUGAACCUAUCGCUAGAUCGUUCACUUUACUUUCCAAAAUUCCCUCAAUUCAUCCUAUACUCUCAGAAAAUGCAGGAAACAUAAUUGGUGUGCUUGGUAAUAUCCUUGCAACCAUGCCUCCUUCUCAUCCGUUAGCGCAAUGUAUAAUUGAUGCGAUGGUAUCCAUAUAUUCUGCUUCUGGAGAUAAGCAAUCUCAAAUUAUACAGAUGCUCAUCAAUUCUGCUCCUUUAAGUGAUGCAAACUUAGGUAACAAAGCAAUUGUCAAUGUAUUCCCUGGUCUGCUAAAUAUUGCUCCUGGUGACACGUGGAAGCCUUUCUUGCCUCAUCUGGUAAAACUUUUCAAUCAAAAACCUUUGAAGGAAUCUCAGAGUGAAACAUCCUCCCUAAAGUUUGGUGCUGGAUUUGCUUACAAGUUGUUGAAUGCUUGUCUUUCAAAUACAAAUAUGGUGAAAACAGUAUCACCGUUUAUCGGUAACCUGGUUGAAUCAUUGGUCGACGUUGGUGCCAAUAUUCAGUCUAACUCAAAGUUUAUUGUCCUUGAAAGAUUUAAGACGUGGAAACUCCUUUUGAAUUUAUUACCGAAAGACGAUUUACACUUAAUAUCUCCUUUAAUAACGGAAACAGUUCUAGCAUGCAAACAUCAUAUAGCUGAUGUACGUGCUAAUGCCUAUGAAUUGCUUGUUGAAAUGGGAAAUGUAAUGAAAGAGGGAGGAAAAAUUGAUCGUUCACGUAUUCAAGGAGCUGAUUCGAAUGACCCAACGGUUCCUGCCUCUCUAGAAGAAUAUUUCACGAUGGUAUCCGCCGGUCUUUUUGAAUCAACACCAAAUUUAACGACAUGUACAAUUCUUUCUUUAACAAGACUUUAUUUUGAAUUUAAAGAUGAAAUUAAUCAAUCUACCACCGUCUCAUUAAUGGAGCUCAUGGAAUUAAAUUUGUCAUCGGGCAAUCAAGAAGUCGCACGUACUGCUAUAGGAUUUGUCAAAAUGUUUAUUACAGUAAGUCCGAAGACUACAAUAGAGCAGUUUCUGGAUUCUUUGAUGCCUUCAAUUUUUCGAUGGCUUAAAGAACACAACGCUUUUGUAAAGAUUAAAGCGAAGCAAUUGCUUGACAGAAUGUUACGAGUAUUCUCCUAUAAUGAACUUUCCCGAUUCACACAAGAUGAUGCGGAUAAGAAAUGGUUGGAACGAGUUUUGCAGGUUCGAAAUUCUCGAGCAGAUAGGAAGGUUGAAAUCGAGCAUGAAGAUGAUGAAAGUGAAGCCGAUGAGAUGGAUAAUAACUAUCAUAUCAACAAUAACGAUGUGCCAUCUAAUAACGUAGAAAGCAAGAAGAAAAAUAACCGCCAAAAGGUCACUAACAAAAGAGAUUUUGGGAAGAAAAGGGUUAAUCAAUACAGCUCAAAAGCGGCUUCGAAUAAAAAGCAGAGGAAAUAGGUAUAGAAACGUUUGCCGUCUAGGUUUCAUUGGGUAAAGGUUCAAUAAAAUUCAAUUCAAUUAAG